CGAUAUCCGCUUCUGGAAUGGAAAAUGGGGGAUUUGUGGCUCAAAAAUGGACCUGUGCCGAGUUUGUAUGAAACAGAUUAAUCAGCAUGUGGAGGAAUUCGUUCCGCUGUUCCGAGAGGUCCACGAUAAGCAUACCGUCGCACGUGUCCUCAACGAUCUGUUCAAAACGGAGAUCCUGGAAAGCGAAAGCCUUACACAGAUAAUGUGUGUCGUUUGCUUUCGUGAACUGCGAAAUGUGUGCACAUUUCGAGAUAAAGUGAUACAAUCGGACUUGUGCUUUCGCGGAUCUACUGCUACUACGAGCAACUGUGAAGAGGCGCAGGUGAACCAGACGGCAAAUUUCGAGAUCAUCCCUGUUCGUUGCUACUUGUGUGGAGAAUUGAUAUGCGAUGGUGCACAAUCUUACGGCUUAUCCGGUCAAGAUAGUGACGGUACCAUCAACAGAUUGUGCGAAAAAUGUUACGGGAGGCUUCAGGAGGAGCAAACUGAACCAGAUGUACCAGCUCAGGUGUCCUCGGAUGGCGACGAAAUGCUGACUCAAAGUACGGCUUUCACAUCAAAUCACGAGGAUUAUCCUUCGUCAGAGCGAUACUGUUGUGUGACGCAUUGCAAGGAGCUGUUCGAAAGUGAACCGGAAUUGCUGUGUCACGUCCAAGAACAGCAUAGCGCCAAGUUGAGGUGGAACCAGCAGAGACAGGAAGCGAACAAAGCGUACCAAUGCAACGUGUGCUAUCGUGCAUUCAUUAGCUCGAAGAAUCUGCGGCUGCACCAAUUUUUCCGUGCCAACCAACAGGGAAGAAAACAGUUCGCAUGUAGUCAGUGUCCCUUCAGAGCCGCCAAUAGCUCAUUGUUAACGAUACACGCACGUUCACACACGGGGGAGAAACCGUUCGCUUGCGGCUUGUGCAAGAAGCAGUUUUGUUCGGAAUUGAACCUUAAAAAUCAUCAAAUGUGCCAUCAGCCAGAUCGCCCAUUUGUUUGUCCAUACUGCUCGCAUGCUUUCGUGCGAAAGGGUACGAUGGAAGAGCACAUUCAAACGUGCCACAUGGACGAACGGCCGUACCAGUGCACGGUUUGUUUAGCUCAGUUUAAAGUUCCGCAGAAACUUCGACUACACCAAAGGAUACACACGGACGAGAAACAGUAUGCAUGUAGCUACUGCCCUAGCAAAUUUAACUACGCUUGGGACCGGACACGCCACGAAAGAUCACACAGAGGAGAAAAACCGUACGUUUGCGAUUCGUGCGGUAGUGGGUUCACUAGGAAGCGUUCGCUGCGAAUUCAUGAGCAUACGCAUACCGGGGAAAGGCCAUUUAGUUGUAUGGAUUGCGAAAAGACGUUCAUACAAUCCUCGCAAUUGAAACGCCACAUGGCACGGUAUCACCAGCAAGGUGCGGCCUGUAGUUCCGCAUCGAACGAAGCAGUUCAACAACUUGAAUGCAUUUAAGCAUCAAAUUUUAAUGGUUAAGAUUAAUAGCAAUUAAAUAGCAGACUGCGUCUGUGAAUAGGAAUGAAUAAAAAUGAUUUCCUUUAGAUUUUUGAUCCGCGCCGCGAAAUGUCAUGUAUGUUUUUCACCGGGCGGAGAACG